CGUGAAGCAAGCUGGUCGAAAUCUCGGGAGCUGUCUGAAACCAGCAGAGGAACGAACAGCGUGAAGAAGAUUUUAAAACGUGCAUUCAGGAGACGGUGAUUCUGCAACAUUUUGCAAGAAGUCCACUUCGUAACCUUCGAUUGUUUAAAGUUAUCUAACGACGAGAAACGUUUGCUUUAGCUUCUGUUCUCUUAACUUUUGGUAAGUUUGUCUGCACGGCUCGGAGUGCCAACUGCAGAAAGUCGAGUCGGUGGUCCGCAGUUGUUCUGCAGGAAUGUCGCAGAAAGAGAGACCCAAGUUUUAUCGAGAGGAGGUCAACAAGACGAUAUGGGAAGUCCCGGAGCGCUACAUAAACCUCUCCCCGGUGGGCUCUGGCGCAUACGGAUCCGUGUGUUCUGCAUUUGAUAUGAGGAUGAGUUGGAAGAUCGCUGUGAAGAAGCUCUCACGACCCUUUCAGUCCGUCAUCCAUGCCAAAAGAACAUACAGAGAGCUGCGGUUGUUGAAGCACAUGAAACAUGAAAAUGUUAUUGGCCUCCUGGAUGUCUUUAGUCCUGCUACUAGUCUAAAGGAAUUCACUGAUGUGUAUUUUGUGACUCACUUAAUGGGGGCAGAUCUCAACAACAUAGUGAAAUGUCAGAAGCUCACAGACGACCAUGUGCAGUUCCUCAUUUACCAGAUCCUCAGAGGGUUAAAGUAUAUCCACUCAGCAGACAUCAUUCACAGAGAUUUGAAACCAAGUAAUCUGGCGGUCAAUGAAGACUGUGAGCUGAAGAUUUUGGACUUUGGUUUGGCGCGGCACACUGACGAUGAGAUGACCGGCUACGUGGCGACCCGCUGGUACCGCGCCCCAGAGAUCAUGUUGAACUGGAUGCAUUACAACAUGACAGUGGAUAUUUGGUCAGUCGGCUGUAUAAUGGCAGAACUCCUCACUGGAAAAACUCUGUUUCCUGGGACUGACCACAUUGAUCAGUUGAAGCUAAUCAUGCUGCUCGUCGGAACACCAGGGCCCGAGCUCUUGAAGAAAAUAUCUUCAGAUUCUGCCAGGAACUAUAUCAGCUCUUUGCCACACAUGCCCAAGACGAACUUUGUUGAUGUUUUCAUUGGAGCCAAUCCAGAAGCUGUGGACCUUCUGGAGAAAAUGCUGGUUCUGGACACAGACAAGCGGAUAACAGCAGCAGAUGCUCUGGCUCACCCAUACUUCGCUCAGUACCACGACCCGGACGAUGAGCCCGAGGCAGAGCCGUACGACCAGAGUUUUGAGAGCCGUGAGCUGGAGAUUGAUGAAUGGAAAAAAUUAACCUACGAGGCGUUGUGUAGCUUUGAGCCACCAAAGUAUGAUGAAGAUGACAUGGAGUAAAGAGAUGCGCUACCCACAUCGAGUCCAGCCUCCAACAAUUCAUACCCACCUUAAACAUGUGCAUAAGUGUUAAGCCAACCCUCAGACACACUUGAAUCAGAGUGCCUGCCAGCCUUUGUCAGUCUUUUCCAGCCAAGAAAACAUUAUCCACAAUUAGUUCCCGUAAGGAGAUCAUAAUCAGCGAAGGGAAAGGAAGAGCUUAUCAUUAAUCUUAUUUAUAAACCACUAAUGUCGAUGGUCUAUUGCUGGGAAACUUCACUUCUUGCCAAUACCUGAAAAUCAUUUUAUAUUCUUCAGAUCUUUUUAAUCUAGACUUUGAUGACUCGACACUGUGACACCGAGAUGCUGAAACACCUGGACCUAUUGUUGUGCUGUUUUGUUUAAAAAAAAAUCUAUUGAGUAACUUAUGAAUAAGCUCCUUUGUCCAUCAGUUGUAAAAGGGAUAUGCUAUUCUACCACUCGCCAUGCCAAGCUUUCACAUAUAUUUGUAAAAUGAUUCAGUUAUAAUAAUUGUUCAUAUAUUUAAAAAUACAACUCGUAAGGGUUUCAUAUCUGUGACAGAAUUAGAUUUGUUUUUAGGUAUUUGAAUGAAUUUCACACAUUUUAUUGUUUAUUUUGGUAGUUUAGAUGCUCCGUGAGACUCUUACACAUUUUUUGGUGACACAGAAAAAUCUGUGCCUCUGCUGUUUGAAGACUACUUUUCACAUAAGUAGGAAAAAAAUAUUCAAGGGUACACGCUCUACUCAAUAUGAUGUAAAUAUCUGCGUUAUUUUUUAAGAAUCUGACUUGUUGUGCUUAUGUUAUGACGCAAUCACUAGUAUGUACAUCAGUUAAAGACUUUGUGUGCGUUUGUGAGAGUGUUUUGUUGGUUUACAGGAAUUUUAAGUGUCAUGCUAAAACCUCUAAUAGAAAUUCUGCUUUAAUGUGUAUGAGAGGGAUUUCAGACGUAUUUAUACUUUGUGGAGGUGAUAUUUAUAAAACAACAAUCGAAAGAUCCCUUAAACUAUUUUCAGUCCAGCAGAGUAACUACUAUCGUCAAUCCUUUGUUUAACAAAAUAAAGACUUAUUUUUAAGAGAC